ACAUUAUUCAGAUAAAUAAACUUCACCACUUGGUGAAUUUAGAUCAUGGCUAUGAAUAUGAAACAAAUGUCAUCAGUGCCGAGAGUAAAGCUGAAUUCUGGUCAUGAAAUGCCUGUUAUAGGCAUGGGAACAGCACCUGCCUUACCACGAAAUGAUCAAUUAGUCUCCACACUCAUAGAUGCCAUUGAAACUGGUUAUCGACACUUCGACACGGCCGCUCUCUAUGGCUCUGAGAAAGCAGUUGGCCAAGCAGUGGCGGAGGCGGUUCAACGUGGACUCAUUCAGAGCCGUGAACAAUUGUUCAUUACAUCGAAAUUAUGGUGCACAGAAACGCGACGCCAUCUUGUUCUUCCUGCCCUUGAAAGAACUCUUGGGAGGCUGGGGAUGGAUUACUUGGACUUAUAUCUAAUACAUAUGCCAGUGACUUUGAAGAAGAAAGUUAUUAAUAGUGAUGAACAUGAAAACAUGAUGUUUGAAAAAGAGGAUGUAAUUCCAUUUGACAUGAGAGGGACUUGGGAAGCCAUGGAAGAAUGUUGCAGGUUAGGUCUAGCCAAGUCUAUUGGUGUCUCCAACUUCACCUGCACUAAACUUUCUCAAAUCCUGCACUAUGCUACCAUUCCUCCUGCAGUUAACCAGGUGGAGAUGCAUGUUGCAUGGAGGCAAGAGAAGAUGCUAAAGUUUUGCAAAGAGAAAGGAAUACAUGUGAGUGCAUGGUCUCCACUUGGAGCUAAUGGGAUAGCUAUAUGGGGCAACCAUGCUGUAAUGCAGAGCCCUGUCCUUAAACACAUUGCCACUAACAAACACAAGACUGUCGCUCAGGUAGCAUUAAGGUGGGUAUAUGAGCAAGGAGCUAGUGUAAUAGUGAAGAGUUUCAACAAGGAGCGGAUGAAAGAGAACCUACAAAUUUUGGAUUGGGAAUUAAGUAGCGAUGAAAUUGCUCGGAUUCAAGAGAUUCCUUUAUGCACUGGAUUUAAAGUUGACUUGUUAAUUCAUCCAAAUGGACCAUACAAAUCUGCUCAACAAUUCUGGGAUUGUGAGCUAUAGAAAUAUAAUUAAUUUUCACCUGUCGUUUUAAAUAUUAAAUAUUGCAGUUUUUAGUUGUUCAAAAAAAUAGCUGGUCAAACCGAUUAGAUAUGCAAGAGUUAUUACGAUAUGUCGAGGGUUCGUUUAUUAUUUUUUUGUCUCUAAUAU